AUGGAGUCCUCGCGGCGCGCGAACACUGCCACAAAGUACGGCAAGUCAGAGAAGGAGCUGCGGGAUCUGGUCGGCGGCGGCGAAUUCCAGUUGAACGAGGACUCCCUGACCGCGCACUUCGCCUGCACCUUUGGCCGCGACUAUUCCGCCGACUCAGCGGACCCGCUUGCCGCCGCCGCCAUGGUGCUCACUGCAUCCCCCCAGUCGCUGGUCGCGCCUGGGCUGGGGGAUCCCGACCCGAGCCAGGCUUUCAAGCUCCACAGGGAGCCCUGCGCAUACGCCAACACAAGCUUCUGCUACAGCCCAGGCAGGGCGUACCCUCCCUCGUUUGUUACCCCACCUUUUGAUCUUGACGGCAACACGACCGGCUUCAGCACUGCGGAGAUGCAGGCAAUUGUCAAGAUCUGGGUGAACGUUGCAGAGGAUUAUUCCCCAUUCAAUAUUGAUGUCACCACCGGGUACACGUACAGCAGCGGCGGCAAGAUGAUGGCAGGCGGCAUCAGUUUCGUUUCGUCGUUUGGGCUGGGAGGCUUCGGCGCGGGCUACCCCUCCAACGGCAACGAGGUGGCCCCCUCGUAA